CGUAGCCAGAGGAAAGCAUUGUUUUAGGAACUGUUGUUAAUACCUAAAACAUCAACCUACCCUUUUGUUUCCGGGCGCAGCUUCUGUACCCUGUAAGGCUUUUUCACCGGCCGCGCGUUUUACUGUAAUCUUAAUUAAGCGCAGCACAACACUUCAGUAUACCUGAACCCUACUGAAAGCACAUAUUACUGAAGAAGCUAUUCAGUCGUAGCAACAAUGCGGGAUGUCACACGCUUCAACCCUGCCUGUCUGAUUGGGAACUGGGCCGAGGAUAGAGAGCUACAACGAACAAUCCUGAAGGACCUUCUUGCACGGAAGGGUACCGGUUCCCUCAAGCUCGAUGCCUACCGUUCCCGUAUGUCCACGGCGCUGGAGGAGGUGGAGCUGACGCGGGUAGCCGACGACCCCUACCUGCACUUUGGGGACGUGGUGCAGCUGGUGCACGUGGACACGGGCUGCGUGCUGGCAGGCGACCCAGGGGACGCGGACUCCCGGCCCGGUGAGAACUCCUGCGCCUCCACCGCCGCCCCCGACGUGCGCGCGCCCUGCUGCCGCAACACCCUCAUCCUGCUGCCGUACGUGCCCCCCAAGACGGCAACCGCUCUCGAGCCGCCGUACAGCGACAACGUCGUACACUACGGGCAAAAGGUGCGGCUGGCGCUGCACCCAGGCGCCUGGGGCGACGCGGCGGACAGCGGCGGUGGCCCCCGCCCCAUGUGCCUCUUCUCCAAGCCCGUGUCCACCACGCACGCGGCGCGCUACAGCCGCCAGCAGCUGGUGGGCUUCACGGCGCGGAGCGACUCCUUCGACUGCGCCUGGCAGGUGGUGACGCCCGACCCGGUCAUGCGGGCGGCGGCGGAGGGCGUGGAGGUUGCCGCGGGUGCCCCGGUGCUGCUGGUGCACUGCGCCACUCAGAAGCCACUGUGCCUGGAGGCGCACCGCUACCCCAACGACUUCGGCAUCGAGCUGGAGGUGUCGGCGCGCGCGGCAACCGCCAACGGCCUCAAACUGGCGCUGGAGCAGAUGUACCAGGGCGUCCAGAAGGGCUUCCUGCCCAAGGGCGAGCUGUCGGACAACCACUGGACCUUUGUGGGGGGCAGCCGGGUGGCGCAGCUGCCGGACCCCAGCUCCGCCGCUGAGGGCGCUAACUCCUACCUUGCCGACCUGGUUUCGGAGCUGUCCGGGCGGCAGGGCGCGCUGAGCCUGCUGGAGCGCAAGCUGGUGACGCUGGAGAACAGCUACGCACUGCUGCCGGCGGAGGAGUUCAAGCUGGUGUUGCGGCAGGUGGGCAGCUCGCUGUCCGAGGCGGGCAUCGCGGCGCUGGUGGCCAGGUACUCCCCGGCGGGGGGCAGGGCGGGCGCGGCGGUGGACGCGGCGGCGUUCCGGAACGACCUGCGGGCCUACGCGACGGCCAUGGGCGCGCAGCGCUAGCCGGGGAGGAGGAGCGGGGAGAGGAGGGAGAGGGACAGGGGAUGAAGGGUGUGGGUAAGGGGAAAGGGCUGGUUGAGGGUGGUGAGACGUGUGGAGUGGUUCGAGGGGGCUGGAUAAGUUGUGCAUGCGGAGACUCUGGUACCUAAUUGCGGCAAUGAACGUGUACCAUGAUUUUUGUGCCCUGAAACGGCAUGCGUAUGGGGAAGGGAGGAUGUCGUGCCGCUUUGCAUUUGGAAGAAUGCAGCGCGACAAACUUGCGAUGAAUGGUGUACUCGAGCGGAUGAGGUGGGGGGCUGGGCAGGAUGCACGGCUGGCUGCCGGCCGUUUGCAGGACAACGUGCACCCAAUAUGGCAGGCCUGGCAGCUACGUACAUGCGACGGUUAGGCACUGAGCAGCUUGUGACACUUUUAUACAACGGCUGUUGACCGGGUGCCGUACCGGUAUAGCUUUAAAGGUCGUACUUUGGAAGCGAAUUAAACUGCUUUUGCAUACACCUGCAUCGUAUUGUGUACUAUAUGGCCAUACUGUAAUAAGGUACAGCCCUGAGACUUUGGUUUUGACCUCUGGUCGACUGCAAUCGCGAGCGACGCCGAAAUACGUAACGACAUCGGCAUCGCAGCUCCCCUAUGACAGCACCGCGUCUUACGGGCUUGCAAAAGCAGGCGCUUAGCCUUUACCGCGCCUGCCUUCGUGCUGUCCGCUCCAAGCCGGAGGAGGCGCGUCCGGGACUACAAACGUUUGCACGAACUGAGUUUGACAAGAACCGCAAUGUGAGCACACGUGACAUUCAGCGCGUUGAGCACCUUUUACGUCGCGGAAAGAAGCUGAUGGAGAUGUUGAUGGCUCCGGAGGCGCAAGGCAUUAAAGUCCGCUGACCGGUAGCAUAUUAAACGUACAAGGUUUUCUCGGGAAGCCGCUGGGGCGCAACACGUGGUUCCGGUUGCACUGCGCGUGGCUCUUCCCGCCUUCCAUCCACUACUGUAGCCGUCGCUACGGUGUUUGGGUGGCAUCUCUUCGUGGCUUCGCCGCAGGACCCCUCCUUCUCCCUCUCCAAUCCUCCUUGAGGGCAACAAGGCUGCCGGGCGCGCCGCUGCACUGUCUCAGCGCAACGGUGAGACAGCGCAGCGGUGAGAUCCGUGAGGGGAGCCCUCACAAGCAGCGGCGGCAGUGCAGGUCUGCACACCCGUGCCUCCGCGCGGCUCACUCGCCGUUCCCUCCCUCCCCCUCCGGUGGCUCAGGCCUGCUCAGGCCAGCCAGCAGCCGACCGUUUGCCGACCCCUGGCAGCCGCAAAGAGUAAGCAACAGCUCGCCUCGUCUUGUUGCGGACUACAGGUAUCAUACAGGAACGCAAGCCACGCAGCGGAGGGGAAGCAGCAGAGGCGGCGUAGCGGCGCUGGGGGCUGGCUUAGCAGCCGCACCCUCGCGGGUGUGUUUCGGGCGCCGGGCAGAGCUCUCGGUUGAGGUCACAGCAGCAGCAGCAGUGGCGCUAGAGCAGCAGGAGCAGAAGACGUCGUAGCGGCGUCACAGCAGGCGCCUCGGGGUGUGCAGUGGCCUCUCUGUGGUUAUGAUGAUGAAAUAUUGCUGCGAUAGGGUAGUGGCAGUAGGCAAGCGAGGAAGGGCGUAUGGCGGGGUGAUGCGUUGAGGUGACUUGGCGCGGGCGCGGGUCGCUUGGCGCUUGGGUCACGCUUCGGCGUGGGUGCGCUGCAGUACGGGGGCGCCCUCUUGGUUCCUCUUCCAUUGACAGUGGUGGCCGAUGUGGGGUGCAAGGAACGAUGGAGCACGUGCGCCAGUCCGCACCUGGCUACGUAUGUACU